GUUUCAUAUGGGAAGACAGCCACUGAUAAUUAUAGCAGAUGCAGAACUUUGUAAAGAGGCCGGAAUUAAAAAAUUUAAAGAUAUUCCAAACAGAAGUAUUCCCUCACCUAUUUCUGCUUCCCCUCUUCAUCAAAAAGGUCUCUUCUUCACCCGGGAUUCACAAUGGUCUACCAUGCGAAACACUAUAUUGUCGGUUUACCAGCCAUCACACUUAUCCAGAUUAGUGCCAACAAUGCAAUCAUUCGUAGAAUCUGCCACCCAAAACCUUGACUCUCAAAAAGAAGACAUUAUUUUUUCCAAUCUGUCCCUCAGACUGGCAACUGAUGUCAUUGGACAGGCAGCAUUUGGUGUCAACUUUGGCCUCUCAAAGCCUCAUUCUAUUUGUGACACUAUCAAGUGUGUUAACAAUACCAAUGAAAGUGGCAGUAAUGAAGUAUCAGAUUUCAUAAACCAACACAUUUACUCCACAACCCAACUUAAAAUGGACAUGUCUGGUUCAUUUUCCAUCAUAUUAGGUCUUCUUAUCCCAAUACUCCAAGAGCCAUUUAGACAAAUUCUGAAGAGAAUACCAGGCACUAUGGAUUGGAAGAUUGAACGUACCAACAAGAAACUAAGUGGCCGUCUUGAUGAGAUUGUGGAAAAGAGAAUGAAAGAUAAGACAAGAACCUCAAAGGAUUUCUUGUCACUUAUAUUAAAUGCCAGGGAAUCAAGAGCUGUGUCAGAGAAUGUGUUCACACAUGAAUACAUCAGUGCUGUUACUUACGAGCAUCUACUUGCUGGGUCAGCAACCACGUCCUUUACUUUGUCUUCUGUUGUCUAUUUGGUUGCUGGACAUCCUGAAGUUGAGAAAAAGCUGCUUCAAGAGAUUGAUGGGUUUGGUCCAGUGGAUCAGACACCCACUUCCCAAGAACUUCAUGACAAGUUCCCUUAUCUUGAUCAGGUGAUCAAAGAGGCCAUGAGGUUUUACACUGUCUCCCCAUUAGUUGCAAGGGAAACAUCAAAUCCGGUAGAGAUUGGAGGCUAUCUUCUCCCAAAGGGGACUUGGGUCUGGUUAGCUCUUGGAGUUCUAGCAAAAGAUCCCACUAACUUUCCAGAGCCAGAAAAGUUCGAACCAGAGAGGUUUGACCCCAAUUGUGAAGAAAUGAAACGAAGGCAUCCCUAUGCUUUUGUACCAUUUGGAAUUGGUCCUCGGGCUUGCAUUGGUCAAAAAUUUUCCCUGCAAGAGAUCAAGCUUUCUCUUAUUCAUUUAUAUCGGAAAUACUUGUUUCGGCAUUCACCUAACAUGGAAAACCCUUUAGAACUCGAGUAUGGUAUAGUCCUCAAUUUCAAGCAUGGGGUCAAGCUCAGAGCCAUAAAAAGAACCUAG